AUGACUUCAAUUUUACUAACAUCUUUUUGUUUAUUUUUAUUAAAUAAUUUGUCAUCACAAUCAACUUUUUGUCUUUUUGAACUACUAGGUUCAUCUAAAUUAUCAUCAUUUUCUUUAUCUAAUUGA